AUGCGAAAUGCUGAAACGUCGCUCGUGCAACUCUCCGUCCUGCUCGCAAGUCACACCGAACUCGAGAGAACCUCUACUCCCAGCUCUGACAAUCUCACCACCGGGACAAAACCACUCCAUAAUCGCCGCCCCCCACCGCCCUACAACCUCAAAAAUCACCCUCUACACCCGGCGAAGAAUACCAAUUCCACCAAAAUGGCAACCCAAGGCCCCCAGGCCCUGCCCCCAGUCACAGUGCAAAGCACACAGACCAUCAGCCAGUCCGCAGCGCAGGAAUUCCUAGCCGCCUACCUGGACCGCGCCGCGACAGACCCAUCGCUGCAACCCAACGCCAGCAUCAGUGAGCACGGCCCCGUCUCACGGACGACCGCAGCAGCGCCGAACCUGAUCCUCCACAACCUGAAGCGUGUGCAAGCGGGUCUGGCUGGCGAGCUCCUCGGUCGCGAUCUAACUGUCGCGAAGCAGAACCCAGGAGAGGAUUAUUUGGAUGUUGCUGCGGGUAUUCCGCAGACCAACAACCAUGAUCAGCUGGACGAUAGCAAUGAUCUUAUCAUGAAUGACGCCGAGUUUGGUAUGGAGGCUGAGGCUUUCGCGGAUCAGGAGGGCGGUAUUGAUAAGGAAGAGCGCAAGCGGAAGAAGAAGGAGAGACGGUUGGCGGAGAAGAAGGGCAAGGCCCAGGCGAAGGCUGAAGAAUCCGAUUGA